UGGCUCUCAGCGCGCCUGGAAAAAACAAGUUUGACAAGUUAUUCAAGUCCUCUUCAUGUUUCACAGUGUCGCUUCCUUAUUAUUUGAUUGUUAUGGGUUUUUUUUAGCACUACUGGGAUUCCCAUGGCAUUCUGCAGGAUGGUUAGAACAAAAAAAAUAAAAAAUUCAGUGACAAGUUGUUAAACAGGUUCAUACAGAAGAAGGUGUAGGAGGAGUUCAUUUAAAAGGGGAGUUAACUUGGGGUGGAGUGUGCAUCAUAACUCCUAAAGCGCUGCCAGCGCUACACGAGAAACUGAGACUGUACAGGACACAUUUGCAGGAAGAACAAUACACCUCGACGAACGAGGGAGAAAUUGUUUCAAUAUGAAGGAUUAUGCCGACGCUGUUGCUUUUCUGGGUCAGUGGGGACGCUUCCAGCGGACCCUCUUCUUCCUGCUUUGUGCCACCCUUUUGCCCAAUGGAUUCAGCUCUUUCACUCUCGUCUUCCUGACUGAUGUACCAAGUCACCACUGCCUGGUACCUGUCAUCAACCUCACUGAAGAAUGGCGUGAAAGCAUCAUCCCAAUAGAAGUGGUGAAUGGGAAACAGGAGCUGAGCAGAUGCAGCAGAUACAGGCUGGAUGUGGUCAGAAAUCUUUCUGCUCAGGGAUACGUUCCUGGCAGAGACGUUAACCUCACCGACCUGGAGCAGGAGAGCUGUGUGGACGGGUGGAGCUACAGUCAAGACAUCUACCAGUCUACUCUAGUCUCUGAGUUUGACUUGGUUUGCAGCCAGCAGUGGAAGCGUCCGUUCACCUCCACCAUUUAUUUUGUGGGAGUUCUUUUUGGAUCGUUCUUCUCAGGACAGCUGUCAGACAGGUAUGGAAGGAAGCCUGUACUUUUCGCAACUAUAUUUGUGCAGACAUUGUUUUCCUUUAUUCAAGUCUUCUCUGUUUCAUGGAUCAUGUUCAUCUUACUUCUCUUCAUCAACGGUUUGGGACAGAUAUCCAACUUUGUUGCUGCUUUAGUGCUGGGCGCUGAGAUCUUGACAGGCCAUGUGCGUGUCCUUUACUCAUCUCUGGGCUCGUGUUUAGGAUUUGCUCUUGGCUACAUGAUGCUGCCUCUCUGUGCUUACUUUUUAAGGGACUGGAAAUCUCUAUUGCUGGCAUGUUCUGUACCGUGCUUGGUAUACAUCCCUUUCUGGUGGUUCAUCCCAGAGUCUCCCCGUUGGUUAAUUUCUCAAGGGAGAGUUGAGGAUGCUGAGGCCGUGGUGAGAAAGGCCGCCGUGCAGAACAAAGUCAAAGCUCCGACGGUCAUUUUCGAAGAUUGCAACAUCGAUGAGGAAAAGACACAUGUGAAGAAAGGGAAACAACACGUCAGCGCCCUUGUCCUUCUAAAGCAGGGCAACAUCAGAACCAAGACACUCAUCCUCUCCUUGGUGUUGUUUGCAAUGACAACUGGCUACUAUAGCCUGGCCUUCAGUACAGCCCAACUCCACGCUGACCCUUACUUGAGCUGCUUCUUCUCAGCGCUUGUAGAGAUUCCAGCCUACAUUUCUAGCUGGUUGGCUCUGCGAUACUUUCCACGACGGCUGUCCGUGAUCACUACCUUGAUCUUUGGAGCAAUUCCUCUGUACUUGAUCCAACUGGUGCCAGAAGGCUUAUCAAAUCUGUCUCUUGCACUGGAGAUAGGGGCUAAAUUUGCACUGACCACCGGCUCCUCCCUGAUGUUCGCCUACACCACAGAGCUUUACCCGACGAUGCUCAGGAACACAGCGACAGGCACAUGUACGACUGUGUCCAGAAUUGGAUGUUGCAUUAGCCCCUUUUUGUUGAAUCUGAAUAUAUACUUUAAACACCUGCCUUACAUCAUACUGGCGACUCUGGCUGCCGUGUCUGCCUUUGCAGCAUUUUUCCUUCCAGAGAGUUUUAAUAAACCUCUGCCUGAAACUCUUCAAGAAAUGAACGAAAGAGAAGGCUUCAGGUGCAGGCUGAUUAGAGGGAGCCCUGGAGGACGCUGAUUGGGCGAAUCCGGACGGCAGCGGUUUCAAAAGUGGAGCCGGCACCAACCUCUCUCUCUCUGUUGCUGGCUCGUCCUGGCUUUCUGGCAUCAUCAACACCGUGGUCAUCUCCCCCACAACUCUCCGACUCCAGACGAUCUGGCAUUCCUGGCAUUAGUGUUAUCUUCGCUUCUGUGCUGCUGAGAUUCUGUAUCUCACUUGUAAAUAUUGUAAAUAGUAUAGACAUUGUGGAGUCCCAUUUUUAUUUUGUACCAUCUUUUCUCCUGUUUUUUGGAUCAGGAGUGAGGUUAGAAACCUGUUUUUUUGUAGGCAAGUGAGUUUAUUGUUUUAGCCGAUGCUCUCCCCGAAGUCCUUAUUUCCGUUUGGGUAAAUAAAUCCCCUCCUUUUUGGACUGCG